AUGGAAUACGAGGAGGGUUUUGAUGUUCCACCAGAGCGUGAUUCAUACAUGCAUGCCCAGGAUGUAGAGGAGGCUAUUGAGUCUCACAUCAAGGCUGGAAGAUCCGGACCGCAUGAAUGGUUCUCACUUGUAAACUUCAGAAAGAAAGAUCAAGAACGUUGGAACCCAAACCAAAGAGAAGACGACCCUCGUGUCUACGAGGGAUUAGAAGAUCCAAAACCGUGGCGUGUGGUCAAUCAUUACCGAUACAUCAGUCGUCCUCUUAAGCCGCAUUCAAUUAUGUCGUGUCUCGCUCAAAUUUGGCCUGAUGGAAAUCAGAGCCUCACUACCCACGAGUUGAGAGCCAUCGUUAACAUGAUGCUUCUUCGAGUGAAUCACAAACCGUUUCGCAGAUGCCAUAUCCAUCCAAUUUUGGUUCUCUCUUAUAUGGGUGGUCAUCACGGCAGAAUCAUUCAGGCUUCGUAUGAUGGAAAGGGACUGAUUCUAUAA